GGCUGCCAGCUUUUACCACAUAUAAACGAUACAAUUAUUAUGAGCAUAAAAUAAGCACUCUAGCGAAACAUGAACCGGUUAAAACAUGUUUCCGCGUGAUGUUGCGUGGGGUGCAGCGACUGCAGCCUAUCAAAUUGAAGGAUGAAGCGACAGAUGCCCUGCCAUAGUGAUCGAGUGUUUUCACAAGUCCAAAACAAGUGGUUAACAGUCUCUGGAUGCAUGUUACAAAAGGUGCAGGUGGCUGGCACGCAGACGGCAAGGGUCCAAGUAUCUGGGACACUUUCUGCCAUGAGGGGAGAGUGUGUGGGGGGCAAACUGGCGAUGUAUCCUGCAACAGCUAUGAAUUGUGGGAAAAAGAUUUGGCGUGCAUCAGGCAGCUUGGACUGACCCAUUAUCGUCUGUCUCUGUCCUGGGCACGCCUCCUUCCUGAUGGGACCACGGGGCAUGUCAACCAAAAAGGUGUGCAGUACUACAACAAGGUCAUUGAUGAUUUGCUGUCAAGUCACGUGCGCCCUUUGGUGACGUUGUACCACUUCGACCUGCCUCAAGCCCUCCAGGACCAAGGUGGAUGGAAAGCGCCCCUCAUGGCCGCCAUAUUUGACAGCUAUGCCCGCUUUUGCUUCCAAACGUUCGGCGACCGCGUCAAACUUUGGCUCACUAUCAACGAGCCGCACGUAUGCGCCAAGCUGGGCCAUGAGGACGCCGUCCACGCUCCGGGGAUAAAAGAACCGGGAACAGCGGCAUACCUGGUGGGCCACAACAUGCUGCGAGCCCACGCCAUGGCUUGGCACAGCUACCACUCCCUCUACAGGCCAACGCAAGGCGGAAUGGUGUCGCUUGCGAUCAAUAGCGACUGGCUCGAGCCGCUACGCUCCGACUGCGCUGAUGACGUCGCCGCUUCCAAUCGCUGCCUAGUGUUCACUCUUGGAUGGUUUGCCUGGCCGCUGUUUGUCACAGGGGAUUAUCCUGAAACGAUGAGAGCUGCCAUUGACGCUCAAAGCUGUAAGGUGGGAUACAACGGCGACUCAAGACUUCCUACUUUCUCAGAACAUGAACCUCCUGUGCUUGGCACUGCGGACUUCUUUGCCCUGAAUUACUACACAUCCCGAAAGGUCAAAGCUGAGAGGAAAUGCAAGAAGGGGAUGUCCAUGAAGAACGACCGUGAUGUGGAAGAAGUCUUUGAUCCUGAUUGGACUAUUUGUGGAGUGUCAUGGCUGGCUGUGGUGCCUUGUGGCUUACGGAAGCUCCUGAAAUACAUUAAGGACACUUUCCGUAACCCGGCGGUCUACAUCACUGAAAACGGCUUCUCUCAAGUGGGACCGGUGGUAAUGGAAGAUGCUCAGCGUGCUGACUUUUACAAGGACACAAUCCAGGAAGUGGAAAAAGCAAUCAGAGAAGACGGCGUCGACGUCCGCGGAUACUUUGCAUGGUCGCUCCUGGACAACUUUGAAUGGGCGGAAGGAUUCAGCAACCGCUUCGGAUUGUUCCACGUGGACUUUUCCGACGCGGGGAGGAAGCGGACGAUGUACCGCUCAGGCUUGGAGUAUGCAAAGCUAAUCUCAAAAUACAAAGCUGUGCACCCUAAAUAAAUUUAAGGAACAAAUAAUUAAAUAAAAAAAAUCAGUCAAUUCAAAAUCUUCUGUGGCAAUGUUUAAACUAUUUUAACAUUGAUAAUGAUAUUUAAAAUUCGCGAUAUAUUUUAAAUCAUCAAAAUUAGUAUUUUUUUUCAUAAUGUAAAGGGUAUGGAAACCUUGAUUACAAGUUAACAGUUAAUCAUUUAUAAAUAUAACGUAAUUCAACAAUUUUCCACCGUAAUUUAUUGCAAUGAUUGUAGGUAUGAAACAAUUGAUUAUUAUGAUUAGACAAAAAAACAUACAUUUGUAUUUAGUUGCAAUUAACUAAUUAACAAAUUAUAUUGUUGAUUAUAAUGGUUAUGAUGUGUUGCACUCCACGUGCAGGCCAAUAAUAAAGAUAAUCUUUAAUUUGGUAGUUUGACCACCCUCUGCAAAAUAUUCCAUGGUUUAUACUGCCAUCCUGUGGCCACACCUGCAACUGCAUUUUUAAACAACACUUGCAAACGCUUUUUUAUUAUUCACCUUAAUAAAACACAUGUCGUCUGUUUACCCACAAACCACCGGCACUACGUAGCAUCAGAAUACUUAAUAUUCAUUCUCCGACUUGCGGAAAAAUAUUAAUAUUCCUCACGGCAAGACUUUGUUUGCAUUCAUAAGCACAAUUGGAAAUGCGUACUCCCCCAUUUUAAUUUUUUUUCUUGGAAAGACUGAAUAAUGCCCCUGUGGCUGCUCUCCAUCUACGUCAAAGCCAGCAAGAUUCUCCUUUGUCUUAUGAUGAAUGGCAACGCUAUUGUGGCGCCGUGAAUAAUCCAACUUCUUUGUCGCCACAUUUUCAUAUCCGAGGCCCUUUUAGUAAACACGGAAACCACCUGAAGUACGGCGCCUGGCAAAAGCUGCAGAAAUAAUUGAAAUAAUUAAUUCCUGCAAGUACACAUCAUUAUGACGAGGGAAAGAGAAACCAUUUCCAAAGCAAUGAAGUGGCAGAUACAUCACGUUGCUUUUGAGGGGGAUUUAGUACAUUUAAAUAGUAACAUUCAAUCACCCCCCAAGGAACAUUCUUGUAUCAAAUAUUCAGGAUCCAUCCAGCACUUUGGAAAAUGGGUUCAAUAAUUUACAAGUGAUUUGGGAAUGAAAAAUUCCCAUUUUUUUCCCAAAUAAUAAUUACCCUUUCCUAUUUACUGAUUACCCUCGUUUACAUAUUCCCAAGAGAACGGCUAUCAUUAGAUUGUUACCAGAUGAAGAGACGACACAGAUACCCCUCCGUACUCCCACGACUCUAUCCGUCUUAGUCACAUUGCCAUUGACGAGGAGAGGCGAGCGGCUGGGAGAAAAAACUUCCCACCGACCUACUUUGCCAGAUGUUUGGCUCGGAAUUCACACCCGCGCCAAAGAAGAUUGAAUGUUUGGGCGCCGAUUCCAACACAUCCCAACCAUCAAAAAACAGCAGUUUGGAUUUAAUUAGGUGCACCUGCAUAAUCUGAUCAGACCCUUUGCGCAAUGCUAAUCUCACCAUUAUAAUGCUACCAUUGUAUAGACCUGAGUGUAAAAUGACGUUCAGUAUAACACAAGCCCAGUUUUUACAAGACCUGUUUUUGGUUAAGACAAAAACAAGAACAAAAAAAAAAAUCAGUAAAAUACCAGUUAUGGAUUUAAGACAA